AAUGUCACGCUGGGCAGAAGUGGCACAGGCGAGCGGCGGGGCGCGCGCGGGUAGAGGCGGUCUGCGGCCAGCAGGGGGCAGCCGAGGGGCGGCGCUGGCGCGCGGGUGCCGAGCGGAGGAGCCUCGCCCCGCGCCCGCAGCCUCAGCCUCAGCCUCAGUACCAGGCGCGGCGGAGCCCGGAGCGCGGCAGAGCCGGCAGCGCAGCCACUGAGGGCAGCGGCGGCGGCGGGAGCCAGGCGCGCAGCGGAGCAGCGGGCGGGCGGGAAGCAGUAGCCGCCGCCGCCGCUGCCGCCGCGACGGGCAGCCGGCUCCGGCCCCUGCUCCUUGGCUUCGAGCCCCCGGCGAGUCUGGAGCCCGCGCCGUCGCCGGUCGCGUCCUCCGGGCAUGGAAGGCGGCGGCAAACCCAACUCCGCGUCCAACAGCCGCGACGAUGGCAACAGCGUCUUCCCCUCCAAGGCGCCCGCGACGGGGCCGGUGGCGGCCGACAAGCGCCUGGGGACCCCGCCGGGGGGCGGCGCGGCCGGGAAGGAACAUGGCAACUCCGUGUGCUUCAAGGUGGACGGCGGCGGAGGAGAGGAGCCGGCGGGCAGCUUCGAGGAUGCCGAGGGGCCCCGGCGGCAGUAUGGUUUCAUGCAGAGGCAGUUCACCUCCAUGCUGCAGCCUGGGGUCAACAAAUUCUCCCUCCGCAUGUUUGGGAGCCAGAAGGCGGUGGAGAAGGAGCAGGAAAGGGUUAAAACUGCAGGCUUCUGGAUUAUCCAUCCGUACAGUGACUUCAGGUUUUAUUGGGAUUUAAUCAUGCUUAUAAUGAUGGUUGGAAAUUUGGUCAUCAUACCAGUUGGAAUCACGUUCUUCACAGAGCAGACGACAACACCGUGGAUUAUUUUCAACGUGGCAUCCGAUACUGUUUUCCUGUUGGACUUAAUCAUGAAUUUUAGGACUGGGACUGUCAAUGAAGACAGCUCGGAAAUCAUCCUGGACCCUAAAGUGAUCAAGAUGAAUUAUUUAAAAAGCUGGUUUGUGGUGGACUUCAUCUCAUCGAUCCCGGUGGAUUAUAUCUUUCUCAUUGUAGAGAAAGGGAUGGACUCAGAAGUUUACAAGACAGCCAGAGCACUUCGUAUCGUGAGGUUUACAAAAAUUCUCAGUCUCUUGCGGUUAUUACGCCUUUCAAGGUUAAUCAGAUACAUACACCAGUGGGAAGAGAUAUUCCACAUGACCUAUGACCUCGCCAGUGCUGUGGUGAGGAUCUUCAACCUCAUUGGCAUGAUGCUGCUUCUGUGCCACUGGGAUGGCUGUCUUCAGUUCCUGGUUCCCCUGCUGCAGGACUUCCCACCAGAUUGCUGGGUUUCUCUGAAUGAAAUGGUUAAUGAUUCCUGGGGAAAACAAUAUUCCUACGCACUCUUCAAAGCUAUGAGUCACAUGCUGUGCAUUGGUUAUGGCGCCCAAGCCCCUGUCAGCAUGUCUGACCUCUGGAUUACCAUGCUGAGCAUGAUUGUGGGCGCCACCUGCUACGCAAUGUUUGUUGGCCAUGCCACAGCUUUGAUCCAGUCUUUGGACUCUUCAAGGAGGCAGUAUCAAGAGAAGUAUAAGCAAGUAGAGCAAUACAUGUCAUUCCACAAGUUACCAGCUGACAUGCGCCAGAAGAUACAUGAUUACUAUGAGCACCGAUACCAAGGCAAGAUCUUCGAUGAAGAAAAUAUUCUCAGUGAGCUUAAUGAUCCUCUGAGAGAGGAAAUAGUCAACUUCAACUGCCGGAAACUGGUGGCAACUAUGCCUCUUUUUGCUAACGCCGAUCCCAAUUUCGUGACGGCCAUGCUGAGCAAGCUGAGAUUUGAGGUGUUCCAGCCCGGAGACUAUAUCAUUCGAGAAGGAGCUGUGGGGAAGAAAAUGUAUUUCAUCCAGCACGGUGUUGCUGGCGUUAUCACCAAGUCCAGUAAAGAAAUGAAGCUGACAGAUGGCUCUUACUUCGGAGAGAUAUGCCUGCUGACCAAGGGCCGGCGCACUGCCAGUGUCCGAGCUGAUACCUACUGUCGUCUUUACUCCCUUUCGGUGGACAAUUUCAAUGAGGUCUUGGAGGAAUAUCCAAUGAUGAGAAGAGCCUUUGAGACAGUUGCUAUUGACCGACUCGAUCGGAUAGGCAAGAAAAACUCUAUUCUCCUGCAGAAGUUCCAGAAGGAUCUAAACACUGGUGUUUUCAACAACCAGGAGAACGAGAUCCUGAAGCAGAUCGUGAAGCAUGACCGAGAGAUGGUACAAGCUAUCCCUCCAAUCAACUAUCCUCAAAUGACAGCCCUCAACUGCACAUCUUCAACCACCACCCCAACCUCCCGCAUGAGGACCCAAUCUCCGCCAGUCUACACCGCAACCAGCCUGUCUCACAGCAAUCUGCACUCACCCAGUCCCAGCACACAGACGCCCCAACCCUCAGCCAUCCUUUCACCCUGCUCCUAUACCACAGCAGUCUGCAGUCCUCCUAUACAGAGCCCCCUGGCCACACGAACUUUCCAUUAUGCCUCUCCCACUGCGUCCCAGCUGUCACUCAUGCAGCAGCCUCAGCAGCAACUACCGCAGUCCCAGGUACAGCAGACUCAGACUCAGACUCAGCAGCAGCAGCAGCAACAGCAGCAGCAGCAGCAGCAGCAACAGCAACAACAGCAGCAGCAGCAGCAGCAGCAGCAGCAGCAGCAGCAGCAGCAGCAGCAGCAGCAGCAGCCACAGACACCUGGUAGCUCCACACCGAAAAAUGAAGUGCACAAGAGCACACAAGCCCUUCAUAACACCAACCUGACCAAAGAAGUCAGGCCCCUUUCCGCCUCGCAGCCUUCUCUGCCCCAUGAGGUCUCCACUUUGAUCUCCAGACCUCAUCCCACUGUGGGCGAAUCCCUGGCCUCUAUCCCUCAACCCGUGGCAGCAGUCCACAGCACUGGCCUUCAGGCAGGGAGCAGGAGCACAGUGCCACAACGUGUCACCUUGUUCCGACAGAUGUCCUCGGGAGCCAUCCCCCCCAACCGAGGAGUGCCUCCAGCACCCCCUCCACCAGCAGCUGUGCAGAGAGAGUCUCCCUCAGUCCUAAAUACAGACCCAGAUGCAGAAAAACCCCGUUUUGCUUCGAAUUUAUGAUUCUUGAUGAUUGUCAAAGCAGAAAAGAAGUACUCUAAUAAACAGAAUAUUCUCAGAUAUUAUUUUAUUCUAUCUCACGAUAGAUCCCUAUAGCCUACUCUGAAAAAAAAAUAUUUUAGAAGCUGUGGCCUACAUGCAAAUGUAAAAACAUAUAUACAUAUAUAAUUAAAUAUAUAUAUAUAUAUAUAUAUCUAAAUGCCCAAGAGAAGUUCAAAAGACUUGUAUAACAUUCAGUGUUACAUGUCUUCCUCUCUUUAAAACCAUUAAAGGAUUUAACACAUUGUUGUAAGGUCAUUGAUUUCUAACCUUUUACUUGAUUCCUUUGAUAUAUGUGUUUCUCCCUUUUAUGAAGAGUUCUUGGAGUCAAUGGAAACAAAACUCUUGAUUUUAAAAAAGGCAACUCCAAUUAGAUCCAGCAUAGCACCAAUCAAAGCUUUCUUUCAUUAGCUGUGCCUCUGCGUCUAGGUUGUUAAUUAUGCGGGAUUCAAUAAACAAAUCCCAGUUUAUAGCUCUCAAUUGUAUUUUGGUGCUUUAAAUUUUGAGUUAGGUGAAGGAACACGCUCCAUGCUCAGCCACCGUAGGAGACUAACAUUGCCAUUAAGGCUUCCUCUAACCUCAAACAUGUUCAUUGAUUUUGUGAGAAAAGUGAGGAGAUAUUUGUCUUCAUGUGUCACUGGACUUUUACCAAGACGCAGUCAAUGUUAGCUGUAAAUAACUUUCCCAGCCCGAAUUAAAGUAACUAUUCUGUGUUGUAGAAAGGUAAAAGUCAGUGUUUAAGAAUUUAGUUUUACUGCUUCACUUCAAAAGUUAGAGUUUUAAAUUUCACAAAACACUCUAAUUGUGACAGCUGUUCAAAUGUAAUGCAAUGGCUUGAGACCUACAAUAUCAUUUUUAACCUGCGAUACUUUAAUGCAAAAAUUGUAUGCUUGAACCUACAAAUUGCUUGUAUGACACCAAAAAUCAUUACUUUUAUUCCUUCUUGACAUAAUCAAGCACCUGAACCUGGUCCUGGCAUGCUUUCGGGGGCAAAAAAAAAUAAAAUAAAAUAACUUAAAAAAAAAAGUAGAUUCAAAUCAAUCAUUGUAAGAAAAGGCUGACAGUAUUUCUCACUUCUAGAUGAGUAUAACUAUUCAUUAAUUGCCUCUCUUAAAAUUCUUAAAAGGCUGACUUGGAUCUCUGACUUAAAUCUAGAAGUGAGGUUUUCACUUUCAUUUGAUAUUGUUGCUGUUCUUAUUGUUUAAGCAAUCAUUUGCAAACCAUAGCUUGUUUUGGAGUUAAAGGUGUUAUGUGUCUUCAUGUUAGUUGGUAGUUUAUUGUGAUGUUAAUGUGAAGAAAUAAAUACUAUAUAUCACCACAUCUGUUUGGAAAUACACAUUUUGCCCUUUGUAUAUUGUAACUAAGCAGUUAGUAAAUCUUAAGGCAUGUGGUAACCUACAUAGUCCUUAGAUAGACAGGAGGUUUGUUCUUUCAAAUGUGCUGAAACUUAUAUGGACUCCGUGAGGGGAAGCAGGGGGGAAUUGAGCUGUCUGAAAGCAUUGUCUGUUUGUUCACUUGUUUCCUUAAUUCUUUCUGUGAGCAUCAUGGAGCCUAAUCUAGGGAAGUCCCUUAGCGAUCUUGCUUCAUGUGUGUUUGCUGCACCUCACACAAGUGGUGGGUGAGUAGAACACAGUAGCAGGCUCUCUAGUGCCUGACUUCUGUACGUAACUCAAGAGAGUGAGCUGAUAUGGAGGUCUUUGACAUUACAGGCACAAAUGAUCUAUUUAAGAACAUAAAGACCAUACAUUCUAUUGGGACAGGGCCUCCAGGUAUCCUUGAGGACCAAGAACAAAAGUAGAAGCAAGAGGUUUAAAGUGGAUCUACAUUGCCUUUUAUGAAACCAAAAUGAGUCGUUGCACUUAAUUGCUAACGGAUCCUACCUUGUGUGAAACAAUCAGCAAUGCUAGGUAACGUGAUGUCAUUCCUGUAAUGCUAGUGACCAAUGGUAUCCUGUUAGGAAUGAUGUAAGAGAGAGAUCCUGCAGCCUACGUAAAAUCUAUGGGAAAGUUGCAAGACCUAUCACAUAUCAGUACAAAACUCCUUUAUUUUAUUAAAUUUAAAAAUUAGCUUCUUGUUAAGAUCAUGUACUAGUCCUUUAAAUUAUUAAAGGUCUACCUUUGGCAGGAUUAAUGCAUUUCGUAGUAAAAUAUUUUUAUAUAUCAAUUUUUUGAGCACUAUUGGAGAACAUCCGCAAAAUUGAAUUGCAUGGUUAUUCAGUGCAACCAAUAAAAUUUUUAUUCACUUUGUACUCGAAUGGACAAAGAACACUAAGGUUUAUAUGUUAAAGUAACAAAACCAUACAGGGUAUAUUAAAUACACAUAUGUAUGAAUGUGUGUGUUUGUAAAGGUACAGUGCUAGGAGAACAUGACCUUUUUUCUCUGUACAUAGUUAAGCUCAAGUACGGAGUUUUAAUCUGUACGGGAAGAGCUGUAUUGGGGUCUUUUACUGCUGAGAAAGUAGAACAAUAACUUAUACUUUGCACUGUAUGACCAGGGAAGAGUUAGAGUAUUUCUUUUGUCUUUGCUCAAAGCCAUACAUAUAUAAAUAUAUAUUAAGAUUAUUAAUAAAUUCAAAAGAAAAUAAACCAAAUUAUGAAUAUUUUAUUUUGUUGUUGAAAUCUAAUCAAAUGUUUAACUCAUUGAGGAGUACAGAUUUGCUUGUUGUUCUCUCUUUGUAUAAUCUCCAAAAAGAUUUGUUUUUGAAAAUCACCAUACAAUUGUUAUAGAAAUUCUACAGAUAUAGAAUGAAUGUAAUUUAAAUAGAACAUAGAUGUCUCAGUCACCUGUUUGUUUUCCUUUUUUUCAUAUGGUAACAUUUGGUUAUCUUAUUCUUUACCCCAUGCCUCUUUAGUAUGUGGUGUUUCUCCAGUUUUAAAAUGCAGCCAUGUCUUUGUUAUUGGAUAUGGGGAUGGUUUUUAAUUUUCGUACAUGACCUGUUUUCUCUGGGCUUUUCAAAGGCCUCAGAUGAGAUUUGUCACAAUGAGGAUAAAUAGCAAAGCAGUCCUAAACACAAGGAGGAUAAAGUGUGAUUCUUCAAUUGGUUGUCCUCCUCAAACACACAGCCUGACUCCAGAUCUCCGUGACCUCUCCAUAAGUGAAUGGUUACCAAGUGGAUGCCAUUCUACUUUUAAAAGAUGCUUACUCUAUCAUUUACAGACUUAAAUGAACAUGUUAUUUUAAGGACACUGCAAAGAAAGCAGUCGCUAGUCUAAUAAUUCCUACACAUACGAACAAUUUAAACAAUAUGAUGAGUUUCAACUUUUAGAUACAUUAUACUAAAAUCAGAAUUAGUUAUGAUUCAACAUAUAAGUCACCUUGACUCCUUGACAAGAUUAUUGUGUAAAAUACCUCCAUAUAUUUUUAUGACUUGUUUUUUAUUUGGUAAGUUUACUAUAAUUGCUAUUUGGGAUCUUACUUUCCUUAUUUUUAUAAUAUUAAACUAGAUGACUAAAAUUUUUCUCAUUUUUAUCUUCUCCAUCCUUGUAGAGCUUGUAUCAUGCCAUGCAAGUGUAGGAUAUGUUGUUGUUGCUGCUACAGCUGCUGCUAUUGUUGUUAAUAUUCACUAACCCUAACAAAAAUUUUCUAUAUGAUAGGUAUAUCUACCUAAAUAUCCAUAAGUCUGUGCCAUAAGAAAAAAACUAUACUCAAGUAUUAAACUACACUGAAUUCUGAAUAGUCAAAAAUUGUCACGAAACAUGCAGUUGAAUAUGUGGACCAAAUUAUGUGGGAAUUUUUUUAACUUUAUUCAAAAUAGUUCCUGAAAUAUUUUCAAAAUCAUGUUGGAAAUUUUCUUUCGAGGAUUUUUUUUUUUUAUCAAUUUAAGGGUGAUUUGUAGUUGCUGUGACCACUUGAAAAUAGUGACUUUCUAAAGCAGUUUUAUUUCAUUUUAAUAAAUAACACGUUUUUAUUCUUUUCUCAUAUAUUUAUUCUGAUACAAUUUUCCCAACCCCCUCUUCCCCCAGCCUCUUCCCUCCCCCAUCACCACUCUCUUCCAUAUCCCCACCCCUCUCCUGGGGAAAAGGAUCGACAUUUUUAUUGCAUGUAUUGAUAUCUUCACAAACAGGUCAUUUUGGCCUUGAUCACAUUUAUAGCUUUCAGGUAAAAACAAAAAACAAAAAACAAAACCAUAAGCUUCUCCAUAUAGCAAAAAUAUUCAGGUUGAAUAAUAAAUCUGUCACCACAAUAAAUCCUCUCAUUCUAGUUCAAAGGAUACGUCUGUGAUAUUUGCUCUGUUGCUUAAUGCUUUGUGCAGCUCUCUCGAUGAAAUGUUAUUACUAUCUUUUCUUCAUAUGGAAAUAGUCUCUGUAACACAAGGUGAUGAGGAAUGAAGAUAAAUUUCCAAAAAAAAAAAAAAUCUGGAAUGAGAUAAAUGGUAUAUUUGUUCCAUGUACAAAUGUUGAUGUCUCAAAACAAGACAAGUGAUGUUUUAUAAAAUCAAAAUAAGUGUGAUGGCCAUAACCCAAGUAUUCCAUUUUAAAUUAAGACGGGACCCAACCCCGCAAUCACGUGAACAUGCCUCUCUUAUCUCACCAUGCCUCUCUUAUCUCACCAUAAUCCUACCCCAGUUUCCCUAACCAAGGGCGGUGCAUAGCGACAAGUGAAGACUGGAAAGACUUUGUUGAAAGAAGCCUUGCCAAGACUUGGUUUUGGCCUAUCAUGAGACUUGUUAAAGAUGAUAAUAAAGGGAAAUGUAUGGAAGUCUAUUAAUUUAUGUCUGAGAUACUUGAUGUAGAAAGAAUAAAAUUUGAAGAAAGCACC